CCGGGUCAUGUGUCAAGCGGGUCUGUCUUGGAUUCACUUCUUUUAAAGUUUUCUGCCCGUUUCACCCUAUAGCAGCGCGAAGACAUGGUAUUUUGGAGCAAAUUCAUAGUUUCAUCUUCUGGCCAGAUGGGCAUGAAGAGUCUCCACAGAAACCUGCUUCAGGGUGUUUGUCUAUGGAGUCUGCUGGCUGUUCAGGUGAGCAGUUGUCCAGAUAGCUGCAGUUUGUGUUCAGGGCCAGAAAAUGACCAGUGUGAGGAAUGCAGAGCUGGAUGGACACUCCAUAAUAAGAUCUGUGUAGACAUCGAUGAGUGUGGCACACAGCUGGGUAACUGUCCCCCAAACAGUUACUGCUUUAAUACAGAAGGAUCCUUUGAGUGCAGAGGCUGCGACGUGGCCUGUGUGGGCUGCAUGGGUAGCGGACCAGCACGCUGCAGGAAAUGUGCUUCUGGGUACAGACUGACAGGGUCCAAGUGUUUGGAUAUAGAUGAAUGCAGUGACCGUGUGCUUGCCUGCCAUGGUCUCGAUGAGAUUUGUACCAACACAGAAGGAUCUUUCCGUUGUGACUGCGCUGAAGGAUUCAUCCGCAUGGACAGUGUUUGUGUGAAAAAGCAGUUGCCUCAUUUUGAGGAGAAAGGUCUAUUUGAGGAUAUCCAGGAUGAUGAGGUGGAGAUACUGAAGCAGAUGUUUUUUGGGGUGGUCCUUUGUGCUCUGGCAACACUUGCAGCAAAGGGAGAUUUGGUCUACACAUCUGUGUUUAUGGGAGCAUUGGCAGCCAUGGCGGGUUACUGGCUUUCUGAUCGAGGCGACCGAUUGUUAGACAGCUUUGUAAAGGGACGUUAGAGUUGCAGACUUUUGCAAAGAAAACUUUACAGGAAAUGGACAAACCAAUGUGCUACUGCAUAGAGUGGCCAUGGAGUUUUGCAUUAUUUUGUAUUGUGUGGAAUAUAAUAUGUGCUUUUGAAAAUUUCUUGUUUGUUAAAGUAUAUAAACUAUUACUUUAAGUUUAUGCUGCUUAUAAAAUUGUUUAAUUCAGGAGGGUGACAUUUAGUGUGCCUUAUCUUCUGCAAGAUUGCAGAUUUUUCUCAGACUCAUGGAUUUAAAUUGUUUUUCCAUAAGUCAGUGUGUGAUAUCAUGGUCCUUAUGGAGUAUGGAAAAGAAAAUACAUUUGUGCAGUGAGAUUUCAAAAGGUUGAUUCAGUUAAGCAGCUAAAGAGUUGAAGUGCAUUUGGUGGUAUCUAACAUCGUCUUAUUUCGUAGAAUAAAAUUACAGAUGGCUUGAAUUCUACGUGCACAUUGCAGUUUUAGUGAGUUCGAUUGCAGAGAUUCAAGUAAAACCUGUUAAAUCUUUAAAACUAUUGGCACAGACACCCAGGAAAAAACUGACUUUCAGGGUCUCAAGUAUCUUUCUCACAAGGACAUUAAUGAAGCUGGAGACAUCU